AUGUGCAUUAAGCGAAUUCCUGUUAAACUGUUUUCCAAAACGGGUUUUUCUUUUUCCUAUAAUUGCUUCGAUAUCUGUUUUUUUUUCAAUUUAUUUGUUUUCUUUCAUGUUUUCUUAUUCGUGUUCCAUUUUGGAUUUAUUUAUUUAUUUCAAUUUUUUUUUCUUUCUUGUUUGUUUCCCGCUUCAUUUUUUAUCUCCCGCGUUUUAUUUUCUUUGUUUCUCUUGCCCUUUCUUUUUUUUCUUUCGUUCAUUCUUGAUUUCCUUUUAGCUUGCUGUUCUUUCCUUUCAUGCGUUAAGUUUACGUUUUUGAUUUUUGUCCAUCUUUUCUUUUCUUCUUUAUUUUCAUUUUUCCUGCUUAAUUUUUUAUUUAUUUCCGUUCUUUGUUUUAAUUUCAUUUUUUUUUUCUUUUUGGUCUUUAAUAUCUUUCAUUCUUCAUUUUUUUCCCAUUAUUUUUACCGUUGCUAUAUUUAUUUAUUUCCAUAUGGGUUUCCCUUAAAUUUACUGUUGGUUGCAAUUUUGAUUCUUUCUUUCUGUUGUUCUUUCUUUAAUUCAUUAAUCCUUUUCUUUAUCUUUGUUCUGGAUUUUCUUAUUUCUGUCAUUCUUUGCAUUACCUUGGCUGUUGCAAUUUUUUACUUUCUUUCUGUCUUUCUUAUUUUAUUUUAUUUAACUUUGCUGUUACAUUUUCUUUCUUUUUUUCUAUAUUUUCAUUUGCUAUUUUUCAUUUUUUUCUCAUUAUUUUUCUGUUGCUAUAUUUCUUUCUUUAUUCUUUUUAGGUUUGCUAAUUUUUUUUCAUUUUUUCCUUUCAUUAUUGCAUCGAUUGUUUUUCUUUCUUUUUAUUAUCUUUGUUAUUUUUCAUUCUUUCCUUACAUUAUUGAUUCUGUCUCUUUUACUUUCCUUUCAUUAUGUUCAGUAUUUUUAAUUCUAUCCUUCCAUUAUCGUUUAUGCUUUCUUUUUCUUUUUCCUUUACUUCAUUCUCUUUACUAUUUUUUGAUUCUUAUUUUUCAUUAUUUUUGA